AUGGGAGUAGUCGUUGCGCUCUGGCAAGUGGCCGUAGAUGUGACGCAAUUCUGGCAACGGAAACUCCGCGAUUGGUACACACGCAAGACACCCAUCGAACUAUGGCUCGAACUACUUCGCCAUGCCGAAGCCUUCGAAGACUGGGAAGAGGCGGCCCUGCAUCUAGAUAACCUGCUUGGACUGGACUUAUGGAGGAAUAACCCAACGUCCAAGUAUUACGAUUACCGCCUAAUCAACGAGCGCCUCAACUCCCUCAUCACUGCGAGAGAAGUUGGGAACCUGAACCAGCUGGUCAACCUCCUUCGUUCCGGCCUGAUUCGCAACUUGGGCAACAUCACUGCCCCGACGCUUUACAACCGGUCCUUCGCCGGCACCAAGUAUCUAAUCGAGGAAUACAUAACGCAGAUUGCCGAAGCGGUCGAGGACAUCACCCACUUGCCAACAACACCUGGAUCUGACCCUCACGGAGCACCUGUGGGACUUACAAACCAGAUGAAGCUGGAUUUUAUCCACGAUACCAGGCAGGCUUUCGGUAGAAGUACGCUCGUCCUGCAAGGCGGUGCCAUAUUCGGAGUGUGUCAUCUUGGUGUCGUGAAGGCGCUGUUUCUACGAGGUCUCCUACCACGGAUCAUCACUGGAACCGCAACGGGUGCUCUCAUUGCCGCAUUGGUGGCCAUCCACACCGAAGAGGAGCUUCCCAACGUCCUCAAAGGAGAGGGUAUUGACCUGUCUGCUUUUUCUGGGAAAUCCAAGUCGGAAAAGGGCCCGCAAAAGGAGCAGUCUUACGCAACGAGAUGGAAUACUCUUUUGCGGAGGCUAAAGAGAUUCACUCGGGAAGGCUAUUUCCUCGACGUCAAAGUAUUAGAGGACUGCGUGCGAGCCAAUGUCGGUGACCUGACUUUUGAGGAAGCGUACAAUCGGAGCAAGAGGGUGUUGAAUAUCACCGUUGCAACCGCCGAUCAAGGCGGCGUUCCCACACUACUCAACUACCUGACAGCACCGAACGUGCUUAUCUGGACUGCCGCGGUAGCCUCGAACGCUUCCACUGCAACAUUGUAUGGUCACCGGGAAACCACGGUUCUUUGCAAAGAUGCCCAUGGCAACAUUGUACCAUGGGCACCCGCAAACACAAUCGACUUCCAUCACUGGACUCAUGUGUCUUAUUCGGACCGCGAGUCACCCCUUUUGAGAAUUGCCGAGCUGUUCAACGUGAACCACUUCAUCGUCAGCCAGGCUCGACCUUACCUUAUUCCGUUCUUGCAGAGCGAUAUGCAUGGCCCGUCGCUCAUGGAGACGCGUAAUAGCACGACGUCAAUUACAGCAUUCCUGGCUCGUAUGGUUGGCCUAGAGCUCAGGCACCGGCUGCGCCAGCUGGACACGUUACGCCUCCUUCCAGCAGGCAUCCGGCGCUUCCUUGUCGACGAACAAGUGCCAGGCGCGUCCAUGACAUUAGUCCCAGAAGUGACUGCCGGCGACUUUGUGCGCCUGCUCGAGACACCGACUAGGGAAACACUGGACUAUUGGAUAUCGAGAGGGGAGCGGAGCGUGUGGCCCGCCGUAGCUGCGCUUCGUAUCCGUUGCGCGGUUGAGAACGAGCUAGACAGAUCCUAUCAGACCGUUCGAAGGUUGAAGGCGGGCGGGCUCAGGAGGAAGGGCUCAACGGCGGCGGCGGCAUCGAUGGACAAUAAUAGCAAGGAACGGAGAGCUAGCAGUCUCGGGGCCGCAUAUUGA